CACUCGCCGAUCGAGAGGACGGGAGAGGGGCGGGCGGACGGGCGGGCCACGAUGUUACAGGGAAGGACGGUAGUGGUAGGGAAUACCAAGAAAAUCAGGGCAACGAAAGGUGUGUGGAAUCAUGAAGGCCGAGAAAGGUAGGUGGAUAUGUGAAUCAAAAACGGGCGGGAGGAGAAUAGGAAAAUAAAAAUAAGAAAUGGGACGAGCGCAUGUGGGAUCAAGGAUAAGACGGGAUGAAGGGGAAGACAAUCUUGACACUUGUCAUCGCAACUUUGCAAGACACGAAUUUUACCAGAAAAAAAAAAAACAUCAGAAUGAAGAAGACAAAACAAAAUACUCACAAGAACCCUGCCGUUCCUGAUUCUCUCCUCCAGACAGCUGCUGCGAUUGGUGAUCCAACGGCGACGACGACGAUUGAUGAUGGUAAGGCGGCCCCUCGUUUACGAACUGCACCCUCCCAGCCCUCUCGCUUUCCUUCUCUUCCCUCCAAUACUCUUCGAAGCCCGCUCGACUGUCGCCGCUCGUUGACCUGUCAUAUUGCUGCCGUUGCUGGCCCUGGAGUUUUUGGCCUUGGUGUUGGGUGAGGUGCUGCUGCUGCUGCCCCUCCCCCGCCCUCACCGAAGCCUUGUUCU